AUGAACUAUAAGGAGUUGAUUUUUGUUUGGAUUGGAAUUACAAGCUUUUUUUAUAUUCCAAUUGGAAUUAUGCUGCAUAAGAGAUCUAAAAGAAAAGCUAUCAGAAACAGAUCGCCUGUGCUAGUUCUGAUAAUACAUUGAUCAAAUUAUUUGCAAUGCUGCCUAUUUCUUACAACUUUGUACUUAUCGGUUAAAAAACAAUAUACAUAAAAUGGCGUAUGGCGACCGACCCACCCUCUCAGUGGUGGUUACCCAUGUAUAUCCGGGCAUGGUUUUUGGAGCCAGGAAUUAGCCCAACAACGUCUGGGACCUCGAAGCGAGAGGCCUAAGUGCGAGAGCCGCUGUUUUUGCGACCAGACCCAUGGGCAGUUAUUCGUGACUUCUUUUUGCCAGCAGCGCUCAGCCCAGUGAGUGCCCGAAAUGAGGCAGGGUGAAUUUACCUGCCUAAGCUGCUUUAGUGGCUCGCCCCGAAUGGCGAAAGCUGUUGAGUUCUUUCUCGGGAUGACCGGAAAAGAGGGGAGGCGAGUUAGACACCAAAACGGGGGUCUCUCCAGUUGAAAAGGUGCCCUUCAAUGGGCAGAUCUGGCGGACGACGAAGCGGAGUUGGCGUAAGCUUAGGCGACGAUCCAAGUUGGAAAUGGAGGCGGUCAGCAAAGCCGGUAUGAGACGGCCCUUGACAAUACCUCUACCGAGAAACCGAGGGUUUCGGCCCGGGCUUGGUGAACGCUCUGCCACCACACGGGAAACCGUGGCAUGCGACCUCGGACGUAGUAGGGACCUUAAAUACCCAGCGUAAUCUUAAUCUUAAUCUUAAUCUUAAUCGGUUAAAAACACUGAGCCCAGCUUAUUUGAUGGAAUAUACCGAGCAUUGUCAAUAGUUUUGCAUUACUCAAAGUUUUUCCCAUUCUUACAAAGAUGCUAUAGGGUUUAUUUUAUUUUUAAACUUGACUGCAAUAUUGACGAAGCGGACAGUACUUUUAGGAAAAAUAUUCAUAGAGCGAGCCAAAAUUGACAGGUAAAAAUUUAUUUACUAACUCCACUAUUUUAAAUUGGAACAAAAUUUUUUUUAUAUAUAGAUGAAAAUACUAAUUUUUUUUAAAAUUUAAUUUGACUUAAUUUAAUAAAAAAGUGAGAGUAGAAUGCUAUUUAAACAAUUUUCACACUGAAUAUCGAUUGAAUCUUUAAAUUUAUGUUCAGAAAAAUAAUUAAAAUUCAAAUAUAUUAACAUUCAAUUUAUAUUUUUUUAAAUACAAUUUUUUAAAAAUAAACACCUUUUAAAGUGUAACAGGAUUUUUUGAUCCACUUUAAUAGGGGAGUAAGUCUUUUACCUAUUUUACUAAUUGCGGGUGGAAUUUCAUAUUUUGAUAUCACAGAAAAAGCUUUUCCUAUCGCUUUUUAUGAUGUUAACUCUCAAAGUAUUACAGAAAUUGUAUAUUUAUUAGCGCUAUUUUUAGAAGAAAUUUCUUUUGUAUUUGCAGUCUAUGCACUACGAAAUGUAAAUGAUGAUUAUAAUAUGACAAAGGAACUCACUUUGAUAUGCACAUUAUGAAUUCUGACUGGGCUAGUAUCAAUUUAUCCAAACGAUACAGUAUGAAGAAUUUGUGAAAUAUGCAAAGACCAUAUAAUUAUGAUAAUUUGUUCUUGCUACCCUCUAUAUAACAGUUUUAAAGAAAGUUCAUUUGAAGAAGUCCUGACAUUAGAAAUGCUGCAGUCUCUCGAUUUAAUUUUGCAAUGCAGAACCACACUUGAAGCGUUUGAAGACUCAUUGCGAAGCUAUAAUGUCAAAAUUAAAGAGCAUAGUUGUUCUGAGUAUUUACAGUUGUGAUUGAAAUGUGAAUAUUCUAAGUAUAACCCUGAUAAUGAUAUGAUCCAAAAUGAAGCAGUGAUUUCAGCAUCAAAUUUACAGCUCCAAGAUAACUCUAGUAUAAAUAGUAUUCAGUCAGAAGUAUAUAAUAUUUUAAACGACAUCUGCUUUCCUCAUUUCAAGAAAUCCCAAGUUUAUUUAGACUUAAUGCGAUAUAUUACCAAGCAGCAAAUUUAUAUAAACCGACUCUUGCAAACCUCAUUCUAA